CAGGGAUAGUUGGAUGUGUAGACGGAACUCACAUUGGUAUCAUAGCUCCUGCUCAGUUACAACACCAAUAUUUAAAUAGAAAAGGUUUUUACAGCUUAAAUGCGAUGGUGGCUUGUGACAAUAAUGGAGUAAUACGAUUUAUUGAUGCUAGAUAUCCUGGUUCUACGCAUGACUCGUUUGUGUGGAAUCAUAGUGCGUUAAAGGAUUUGUUGGAAAGGUAUUGGAUAAAUGGAGAGCGGUCAAGAUAUCUUGGAGAUUCAGGUUAUCCUCUACUGCCGUAUUUAAUCGUUCCAUUUAGAAAUGCCUCCUCAGGGUCUAGAGAAGGACUAUUCAAUAAAAAAACAUGCGAAGGCAAGAAACAUUAUUGAGAGAACAAUUGGCGUUUUAAAAAGUAGAUUCAGGUCAGUUUUGAAUGAGCGAAAACUGCACUACAGUCCACA